CAUGCGCAGCCCGUGCUAGUGAUGGAGGAGAGAAGAUGGCGGAAGCGGAAUUUAAAGACCACAGUACAACAAUGGAUAAUGAACCAAACCCUGGAGCAUCUUCUGUGUCGACAACAACCAGUAGCACAACAACCACCACCAUCACCACUUCCUCUUCUCGAAUGCAACAACCACAGAUUUCUGUCUACAGCGGUUCAGACCGACAUGCUGUACAGGUAAUUCAACAGGCAUUGCAUCGCCCCCCCAGCUCAGCUGCUCAGUAUCUUCAGCAAAUGUAUGCAGCUCAACAGCAGCACUUGAUGCUGCACACUGCAGCUCUUCAGCAGCAGCAUUUAAGCAGUUCCCAGCUCCAGAGCCUUGCUGCUGUUCAGGCAAGUUUAUCCAGUGGAAGACCAUCUACGUCCCCCACAGGAAGUGUCACACAACAGUCAAGUAUGUCCCAGACAUCUAUCAACCUCUCCACUUCUCCUACACCUGCACAGUUAAUAAGCCGUUCCCAGGCUUCCAGUUCUACCAGCGGCAGUAUUACCCAACAGACUAUGUUAUUAGGGAGUACCUCCCCUACUCUAACGGCGAGCCAAGCUCAAAUGUAUCUCCGAGCUCAAAUGCUGAUUUUCACACCCGCUACCACUGUGGCUGCUGUACAGUCUGACAUUCCUGUUGUCUCGUCGUCAUCGUCAUCUUCCUGUCAGUCUGCAGCUACUCAGGUUCAGAAUUUAACAUUACGCAGCCAGAAGUUGGGUGUGUUAUCUAGCUCACAGAAUGGUCCACCAAAAAGCACUAGUCAAACUCAGUCAUUGACAAUUUGCCAUAACAAAACAACAGUGACCAGUUCUAAAAUCAGCCAACGAGAUCCUUCUCCAGAAAGUAAUAAGAAAGGAGAAAGUCCAAGUCUGGAAUCACGAAGCACAGCUGUCACCCGGACAUCAAGUAUUCACCAGUUAAUAGCACCAGCUUCAUAUUCUCCAAUUCAGCCUCAUUCUCUAAUAAAACAUCAACAGAUUCCUCUUCAUUCACCACCUCCCAAGGUUUCCCAUCAUCAGCUGAUAUUACAACAACAACAGCAGCAGAUUCAACCAAUCACACUUCAGAAUCCAACUCAAGAUCCACCCCCAUCCCAGCACUGUAUACCACUCCCAAACCAUGGCCUUCCUCCAGCUCCAAGUAAUGCCCAGUCACAGCAUUGUUCACCAAUUCAAAGCCAUCCCCCUCCUCUAACCGUGUCUCCCAAUCAGUCACAGUCAGCACAGCAGUCUGUGGUAGUGUCUCCUCCACCACCUCAUUCACCAAGUCAGUCUCCUACUAUAAUUAUUCAUCCACAAGCACUUAUUCAACCACACCCUCUUGUGUCAUCAGCUCUUCAGCCAGGGACAAAUUUGCAGCAGUCUACUGCUAAUCAGGUACAACCCACGGCACAGUUGAAUCUUCCAUCCCAUCUUCCACUCCCAGCUUCUCCAGUUGUACACAUUGGCCCAGUUCAGCAAUCUGCCUUGGUGUCCCCAGGUCAGCAGAUUGUGUCUCCAGCAUCACACCAGCAAUAUUCAACCCUACAAUCCUCUCCAAUCCCAAUUGCAACCCCUCCACAGAUGUCAGCAUCUCCUCCAGCUCAGAUUCCACCACUGCCCUUGCAGUCUAUGCAGUCUUUACAAGUGCAGCCUGAAAUUCUAUCCCAGGGCCAGGUUUUGGUGCAGAAUGCUUUGGUGUCAGAAGAGGAGCUUCCAGCUGCAGAAGCUUUGGUCCAGUUGCCAUUUCAGACUCUUCCUCCUCCACAGACUGUUGCGGUAAACCUACAAGUACAACCACCAGCACCUGUUGAUCCACCAGUGGGAAUGCAUUUGAACCAGUGUCAUCUGCACAAAGUUUUUUCUCUUAAGGUUUAUCAAGUAGAAGAUGUGUGUGAAGAAGAAAUGCCAGAAGAGUCAGAUGAAUGUGUCCGGAUGGAUAGAACCCCACCACCACCCACAUUGUCUCCAGCAGCUAUAACUGUGGGAAGAGGAGAAGAUCUGACUUCUGAACAUCCUUUGUUAGAGGAAGUGGAAUUACCUGCUGUGGCAUCAGUCAGUGCUUCAGUAAUUAAAUCACCAUCAGAUCCUUCACACGUUUCUAUUCCUCCACCUCCACUCUUACUUCCAGCUGCUACCACAAGGAGUAAUAGUACAUCUAUGCCCAGUAGCAUUCCCAACACAGAAAAUAAGCCUCCACAGGCUAUUGUUAAACCACAGAUCUUGACUCACGUUAUUGAAGGCUUUGUGAUUCAAGAAGGAUUAGAGCCAUUUCCUGUGAGCCGUUCAUCUUUGCUAAUAGAACAACCUGUGAAAAAAAGGCCUCUUUUGGAUAAUCAGGUGAUAAAUUCUGUUUGUGUUCAGCCAGAGAUACAGAAUAAUACAAAGCAUGCAGACAAUUCUUCAGACACAGAGAUGGAAGACAUGAUUGCUGAAGAGACAUUAGAAGAAAUGGACAGUGAAUUGCUCAAGUGUGAAUUCUGUGGGAAAAUGGGAUAUGCUAAUGAAUUUUUACGGUCAAAACGAUUCUGCACUAUGUCAUGUGCCAAAAGGUACAAUGUUAGCUGUUCUAAAAAAUUUGCACUUAGUCGUUGGAAUCGUAAACCUGAUAAUCAAAGCCUUGGGCAUCGUGGUCGUCGUCCAAGUGGCCCUGAUGGGGCAGCAAGAGAACAUAUCCUUAGGCAGCUUCCAAUUACUUAUCCAUCUGCAGAAGAAGACUUGGCUUCUCAUGAAGAUUCUGUACCAUCUGCUAUGACAACUCGUUUGCGCAGGCAGAGUGAGCGGGAGAGAGAACGUGAGCUUCGAGAAGUAAGAAUUAGGAAAAUGCCCGAGAACAGUGACUUGUUACCAGUUGCACAGACAGAGCCCUCUAUAUGGACAGUUGAUGAUGUCUGGGCCUUCAUCCAUUCUUUACCUGGUUGUCAGGAUAUUGCAGACGAGUUCAGGGCACAAGAGAUUGAUGGACAGGCCCUUCUCUUGUUAAAAGAAGACCAUCUCAUGAGUGCAAUGAAUAUCAAGCUAGGCCCAGCCCUGAAGAUCUGUGCACGCAUCAACUCUCUGAAGGAAUCUUAACAAGAACAAUAAGGCUUUGAUAUAACACCAGUUUUACUCUUUUUUAAACAGACUUGUAAGGUAAAGGCCUAAGUUGGCCUAGAAUAUUACACUUAUGAUAGAUGGCCAAGCACACUGGGAACUCCACAUCAAGUGUUGACAUUUCUUCUACAAUAUAAUUAUUCAUCAUACAUUUUCAUGAUUAGUCAACAUUGGUAAAAUUGAUUUUACAGGUUACAUGCAACAUUGAAAAAGCUGCUAUAAAGGGCCAUGGUAUUUUUCAAAGAAACAUGUUAUGCUAGAUAAUUUUUAAAAGCGAUGUUUAUCAUUAAUAUAAAGAAUUCUUUUGAAAGUAACUGGAUGAUUUACACUUCUCUUUUGAUUCACUUUUCUCAUACAUUUUUGUACUCUAUUCAUUCUCUAAAGGUUGUCAUAAAGAUAUGGAAUGAUUUAGGAGUCCAAUGAUGGGAUCAUAUGCAUUGAAAUAUCAGUUUGCGUUCUUAAAAAUGUCUUUAACAAGUGCUCUAAGAAAGGAUUGUGUUCUAGCAUAAAUGAUACUGAUCUGGAGGUCAAAAGAGUUGAUUUCUAUUUCAGAUAAUUUGGCUUGCCUGACAAGUUUUCCUCUCAGAGUUUGUACAUUUAGAGCUGUGCCUCUUGAUAGAGAUUGGUUUGCUCUCCAGGGAACAUUUGCCAACAUCUAAAAACAUUUUGAUUGUCACAGAUCAGAACUGAGUUUGGGUGAGGUUGCUACUGAUGUCUAGUAGGAGGCCAGAGAUGUUACAAAAUGUCUUACAAUGUGUAAGCCUACCACAACAAAGAAUUAUCUAGUAAAAAAUGCCACCAGUGCCAAGGUUGAGCAGCGCUGAUGAGGAAGGAAUAAAAAAUGUUAAUUCUUUCACUCAAAGGAACAUUUUAAAGAGAUGGCUCAUAAUGAGGAAACAUGUGUAAUGGAAGUAUUAUUCAGAUAGCAUUAAUGUUCUGAAGUAUUUUUCCAGUUUAUUAAGCAUAAUAGAAAAAGAUAAAUCCAUAAAAUUGGUCUGUCAAAUAAAGACUAGCUUACAAUUUGACACUCAGUACUGAUUCAUAUUAGUUAUCUUUCUUAUCUCUGUGCUGCGCACUGAUGAAGGCAUGAUAUAAUUACACUUAAGAACCAGGGCACCAUUUUCUGGCAAGGAAGCUUUGGGUGGAUAUGUGAUUGCACUUUGGAUUUCUUCUAGUAUUGAACAUGCACAUUCCUUUUUCCUUUACUAAAUCUUCGCAUGCUUCCUGCAGAAUACUUAACAAGUGAUUUCUUUUGGAUGAUCAGAUCUAACUUAAAAAAACUAUGAAGCAAAACUUUUUCACUAACUUUUCAGUUAGUUUUCUAUAGAACUAGGACACUAAAAAAAUUGUGGAGUCCUGACAGCUUUAUAGUCUUGGGUGUCAAAUGUUUUAUUUGAGAAGACUGUGAAAGUUUCCGUCAUUUCCCAUAUCUUAUCUUUUACAUGUGAUUGAAGGAAAAUACACUGAUAUUUGGCCACGAAGUUCAUUAAGUGAAAACAGAGAGUCCGUGAGUUUCAGUCAUUUCACUGCUCUUUUCAAAAAGAUUGCGUUGAGCUAGUAAAAAACUAAAGAUGUCACAAGACAUCACAGAUAUUUAUCUUUUGGCUUUGUGUACAUUAGAAAAUGUUGAUUAUUUUUAUACAAAAAUAUAGCGGGUAAUUUUUUUAAUCUUUAGAUGCCUCUUGUUUGAAUGUAUGCUUUGUGGGAUUCUUUGUGUAGUUGUUUUUAAAAAAGAUGUUUACUGAUAGUCAUGUGUAGGGUUAGAAUGUGUAAUAUAAUGGAAGGCUCAUGUUCCAGACCCACAAUAGCUUAUAGUCUAUGUUACAUAUUUCUUUGUAUCACAGUUUUAAUUAUUGGAUUAAAGUUCAAGGAAAGGUAGGUACUCUACAGUUUUCGUUUAUUAGUAGUUAAUCAUCAGGACAUAAUUGUGAUGUGCUUUUCCCCUCAUCUUGCAAUUUCAGAACAUAAACAUAUGCUAAGCAGUAUUAAGAGAUUGUCCAUGUAUGGAGGGAGGGAGGCACAAGGGAAAAUCUCCCCUGGAAUUAAAACUUUAUUGUAGUUAAUCCACAGUUAAUAUAAAAUUGAUUUUUCAGGGAUAGCUCCUCUAGCAAUAAUUAUUUAUCUCCCAUAACUAUUUUGUUUAUAACCUUUAAGGUAUUAACUUUGAACUAUGUUGAAAGUUCCUUUUAUUUUCUUCUUCUACUAAUGUAAGUUGUUCUAUACUGGAAAACCCCUGUGCCCAGAGGAGUUUCUGUUGGAGAACACCUACUUAUGGUCCUUGUAAUUCUGUUGUAACCCACUCAAAACAUACCUAGAAGAUAAACUUGCUUUUUUCAAGUGAGUUGAUUUAGAAAUGGCUCAUCUGUUUAUCAACUGGUAAUUCUCCCAUUGAUGCAGCAAUUUCUUUCUAGAUGAUUUAGUCUUCUUAAUUUCAAACCUUCUUAUAGAUAAUGGAUAUAUAUGAUACUGAUCGUCCACCUCUCCUGAAGUUUAGGCAGCUUCACUAUGAUAUAUGUGGGGAGAGUGCUAUUGUUUUCAUUUCCUUUCAUAUUACUGAGUGUUUUAGGGUUUUGACUAGGGAGAAGGAAUAAUAAGCAAAAGGGAACAUGGGGGAUUCUUCCUAUUUUUGCUAUCUAAAUUUGCAUUUUUUAACUUCUUUAAACUGUUGCACUCUUUUCCCAUUGGGGGGUGGGGGGAAGACCAUAAUUUUGAAAUGUUAGUUGCUUUAAGCUUUGUGUUCCUAGUCAAAAACCUUGAAAGAGCUGGUUUGUAAAAAAGUUAUUUUUAUAUGACAUUAAUAUGCAUCAAGCUUUGUGUAGACAUGUGUAAAACACAGCUCUGCAGCUUUGAUAUAAUCAGUACAGUAAAAGAGUUGUUGUCAUUCUUUGGUGGCAUAUCACUUUUUAAAAUUUGCUAUGGAGUCCUUUAAACAGAACUUUAAGUCUAAGUUUAAAGGCCACCUAGGGAUAGAGAAGGCAGAAUGGAAUUAAAGAAAUGUUAAUCAACAAGCUUGAGAAUGGGAAAGCCACAGACCAGGACAUUGGCCUUUUUGUUAUUGUUGUUGUUAGUUUAGCCCAUUUCAACACCGAACAGAUUGUUUUACUUUUGAUGUUAAUGUUCACAUUUUACCUAAUUUAAGAAGGAAAUGAUAUUUUAAAAGGUAUUCCACUGUUUAGUUUUGCUUUCUGGUAUGCAGAAACACCCAGAAUAAUACCUAAAACAGGUAUUAUUGUGACCAUGCCUUUGAAUAAUUUUUUGACAUACCUAAUCAUAUAUUGUGUGAAACUAUACCAGACAUUUAUUCACAAAGAUAAGUCUUGGAUUGAUCUCUGUCUUAUAGUGCUCCAGCUCUCUCUGACAUGUUCAGGUAAAUUUCUUAAAGCCUAGUAUAUUUUCAAGGUUUGGGUACCACCAAGGCACAAAUAUAGUAGGGAAACAAUGGAGUUGUAUAGUCUUAGCCUAUGCUUUUAUGUGUAUUAAUUUUGGAAAUUAUUAUAGAUGUAAGUGAAUGAAGCUGACAUUACUACUGCGUCCAGUGGGUAAAAUCCCUGACUGGAAACCCUUAAAAUAUUUUAAAGUUAAGUUUUCAACCAGAAGAUGCUGGUUAUAAUUUGUGGUUCAAAGACUCUCAUCCUUGGUGAGUGGCAGAAAAUACAUGUUGCCUACUGGUACUGAGCAUUAGCUGAGGGCCUGAAAGGGCUUCACCUCACUUCCUCCCCUAAAGCCUCCAGCCCCCACCAAAAACUGCACAAAAACUUUUUUCUUAGACCUCUGCUUGAAUACCCGGAGAGGAUUUUGUGAUGGGGCUGAUUAUAGAGGUAGCUUGGGAGGCCUAAUGUCUAACAGUUAUGUUUCAGUAAAAACUUUGGGGCAAUGGAGACUGGCCCUUCUAUGCAAAUUGUUUGCUCAGUCUGUUUCUCAUGCACAAAAUGUGAAACUAGUUGUGUCCUAAAGGUUUUGAAGGGGCAGGGGAGGGGUUGGAGGAAGAAGUGGAGGAAGAGACCAAAUAGGAAGAGAAGCAUUCCAGAACCAAAAGGAUCUAGAAGAAUUUACAUUACAUGAAAUCAUCUAAUGUAAAGGUGGCCUUCAUCAAUAGUUCAAGAUAAUAAAUUAUAAUUAUUUGAUUCCAAUUUUAGCAGGUUUGUUUUAGCCUUUCAUCUCCAUGAACAAAACACCCGACAUUAACAACUUAGGAAAAGUUUGUUUUGCAGAGGUUCUGUCCAUGGUUGGCCAGCUCCAUAGCUCUGGGCUCAAGGUGAAUUAGAUCAUCAUGGCAAAAGGUGUGUGGUGGAGAAUAGCAGCUCAGACAAGGCAACCAGGAAGCAGAGAGAGCUCUAUGUUCACCAGGGACAAAAUAUGAACUCUGAAGGCACAACCCCAGUGACCUACUUCAUCCAGCCCACUCUGCCUGCCUAUAGUUACCACCACCCAGUUCAUGCAUAUCAGUGGAUUAGUCCACUGACUAGGUUACUCCUCUCAUAAUCUAACCAUUCUUGCAUUGUCUCAUGCAUGAGGUUUUGGGACCUCGUAUCUAAACCAUAAUAGGGUUCUGGUUUCUUUAUUUUUUCCCCUUCUCCUCCUUUCUUUCUUUGUUUUUUUUUUUUUUUUUUUUUUUUUGGUAGUGGUGGUAAUGGAGGUCCUGAACCCAGGACCUGAAACUAUCCCUGAACUACAUCCUCCAGCCUACUAUCAUUUUUACUGGGUUAAAAUUUGCCAAUAAUCAAACUCACUGUUUAUAGCACCAAUGAUACGUACACUAGUAAUUUUUGAUUUCUGAAGAUGAAAGCUAUUAUAGUUGAAUAUGUCAGAGAUUCAAAGGUUCAUUGUUAUAACUGAGUGGCCAGAAUUAUGGAGUUUUCGUUUUCAGAUACUACAGUUGAAUCACCUUUGUAGACUUGUUAUAAAGAAAGGUAUUUUAAGAUAGCAUUUUGUGGUUGUGUCUCAGUCUAAGAAUUGGGUGACUAAAAGCUAUAGUUUUCUCUUUACUAGUCUGAAUUUCAUUAAACACAAGCCUACCUCUAUUUCUUUGGUGCAAAGCAGAAUGGAUUGUGACAUGCACUAUUUAGCCCACAUUCAUUGAUACAUUUUAUAAAUUUAUUUAGAACAUCUGAUGAAAUCAAAUCAGAUUGUGGUUAAAUUUAGAUAAGCACAGAUAUACUAUUAGGAAAAAUUAAAUAUGCAAUCUUAUUAAGAUUUAAUUUCAACCCAUUAAGCUGUACAUCUUAAAAAACAUUCUUUGGUAACAUAUCCCUCUUUUCUUUUGUUAGAAGAUUAUAAAACAUGCCCUAUAGUUUUCUUCAUAGCAGCAGUACAAGCCAUUUCUUUGAUACAAAAUGUUUAAAAUUAUACUACCUUCUUUGGAAAAAGUGUUUCCUAAAAUUUUUUUAUAAUUUCCAAAGUUUUACAUGUUAUUUUUAGAGCUUAUUUAAUCUCUUUUAAAUUAUACUAUGAAAAGUUCUUUCUGAAAGUUGUAGGGCACUAAUACAAAUAUAAUCAUUACCAUCAUAUUCCAGAGAAGAAUGGGGAGUCCCUUGCAAUCAUUUUUAAAAUCUUAAAUGUAGCAUCUUAAUGCAAGCUCUUCAUUUUACUCAGACACAUGCACAUAACCCUUGCAAAUGUCAUGUUCAUGGAACUUUUAGAGAACUAUCUACCACAAAUGCUAUUUUUUCCCCUUUUUGUAGCUUGUGAACAAUUUUAUUUUCAGAUGACAAUUUUAAUCAAAUGUUAGAUAAAAGAUACAGAAUUAGUUUGGUUAAAGCUUUAUACUUUAGAAUUUUUUUUUUCUACUGCCUUUUGAAAAAUAUAAUUCUCAGUGAUACUAGUGAUGUUUAGUGAGAAUCCAUAGAAGAAUGUGUUGUUUAAAAGAAGUAUAGUAGUGAGUGAAUUUUAAUUUGGAAAAAAUGAACUAAUUUUAAAAGGUUCUUAUGCUUGCAUGGCAUAGUUUUAAUUAAAUGUAAAAGUAAUGCAGUAGAAUUCUUUUUAAACUGCUAAAUUAACUCCACUAAUCACCUUAAGGAUUGAUAGCUGCCAUCAUUUAUUGGUUGAAAAGUUAAACUUCAUAGCAUGUUGUUGAGUGUUAAAUCUAUGUUUUGUGGAGCUUUAACUGAGGGCAGUGAAAAAGCUCAUGCUUAUAUGAGAGGUGGGUGCUCUUGAAGUAAAUAUCAACCUAUUUUAGAAAGGAUUUUUUUGUGCUUCAAGUAAACUAGAGGUGUCCAAUGUUUAAUUUUUUUCAUAAUACUUAAAAGUAUUCUUUUUCUUUGGAUAGUAUUAAAAAUGAGUAGAAAUGAAUCAUAUACUUACUAAAUUAACAUGACAAGCGAACCUAAAACACACUGGCUUGGAGACUGAGUUUUGACUUAGUUGCUUAAUUAGCUGUGUGUGCACUUUGAGGUAACUGUUUUUAACCUCUUUGAAUGUGCAAUGUGGUGCCUACACCCUUCAAAAUGUUGAUUUGGAUUUAAAUCAUCAUUUGUAUACCUCUCAGCUCUAAAGUUACUAUGGUAGGCCACAAAAUGAGAUAUUUUUAAAGUUGCUCCUACUCAGUUCUUUUUUGCUUUUUAAUGGUUCAUUUGAUACUUAAUUAGUAAACAUCCAUUUUCUGUGUCACUUACUUGCUCUAAGGAUUGAGGUAGAAAAUUCAUACAGACAAGGAAAUGAGGACCUUUUUCUAAAUGCUACCUAUUAACUACUGAACAUAAAAACACAUAUGCAUAUUGACAUUCAUGCACUUUCAUCCAUUUAGCAAACCAUCUGAACACUUAUAUUGUUUAUGGAAUACACGAUGAAGAAACUAGUAAGUAAAAUCUUCCUGACCAAAGUUCAUUGUGGCUUAAAUGAACAAGGUCAUAGUUAGUACUAAUUAAUGUACUGAAUGUAAACUUGGAACUGAGGGGGAAUUUUUUAUGCUUUGGGUAAAAGACUAGAUUGCAUAAGGGGUUUGAAUCAAUCACAGUUCUUGUAACAUUUCACAUACUGCACAUCAACUGACCAUGCACCUGAUAGGCUAUAAAAUUAAGGAUCCUUUAAGAGCUUAUAUUUUGAGAUUGUUGUGAUAUCUUUAUUUGGUGCUUGAGUGUUUCAGAAUUGUGGCUGUACAUGGUGAGUGGUAGAACAAUGAUUUACCGCACAUUUUUAACUACAAAGGCUUUCUAUACAGUAUUGACACUGUAGCAGUUUUUCAAAAUUGAAACGUCUCAAAGGAAAUCACCAGAAUAGUUUUUUUUUAAGCUAGAAAGAUUACAAACAAUAAAUCUUGUUGUAUUUUAAGGGUAUUACAGAUAGCUACCUUUUAAAAAUAUAUGAAAAUUGGUAAUAAAAAAGCCUAUGUAUUGCAUAAUAAAAGGGUGCCCUUUAAAAUGCAGAACUGCUGAAGAAAAAACAGUUCCCUGCUUGAACUGGCAAGAAUCCAGGAAGUAAACAUGGAAUGGGAAAAUCAAUUAAUUGGGUAAAAUUCCCUUGUCACUCUGGGAUUCUGUGAAUCACAUUGUAAUUCUAGCUUUAAACAUUAACAUCAAUUGACAGUAAUAUUCUCUAUAAAGAUAUAAAACGAAAAACUAUUUUAAACUUUUAUGCAUCAGAGUUGCAGCUUUUUAAAGCAGGAAAAUGUCCAACAAAGUGCUCAUUUAGAAUCUACAUUAGACUCUUUCAAACUGUUCAAAAACACUUAACUUCUGAAGUAGCCAGAUAGCCUGGGUUUUGUAAAUUGUUCCAUGAAACUAGUUAAAAAUUACUUUUAAAUUUUUAAUUUUUAAAGUGUUCCUAAUUUUUCAGAUAUUUUAUGCUAUUGAAAUGCCUACUAUGUAUGUACUUUAAUAUAUGUAUAUAUGUUCUUAAAUUUUAAAAAGUCAACUGAGUGCAAAAGAUGGUGCAAUUUUGGAUAUAUAAUUCCCACAUUGUUUGAUUAGAUUCCCAGUCACCUCAUUUAAAAAAAAAAACAAAAAACAAAAAACAUUUUGUUUUUCCCAUAAAGGGGGAAAAAGUCAAAGUUACAAAAAGUAUCUUCACAGUAAGGAUUACACUUGCAGUGAAGGCUGGAUGUUACAGACGCCAGUGCCCACGGAUAGGUGCUGCUGGGGUGGAAAGGCUUUUCAAGGCUCUUGAUUAAAUCAGUACCUUUUGACUUGUUGCUCAUUAAAUUUUUGUUAAUUUAACAAAGGCAAAUUGUUGUGAUAACUUGUUUCAAAAAUGUUGAUGCUUCAAGUACAUUAACUAGUUUAAUUAUUUCUUUUGGUUCCUCCAGUUGUUCUAAAAUAGGACUUUCAUAUUAUCAAAACCUCAAAAGAUGACCUACCUGGGAUGAACUGAACAAAUAUCACCAAGGGAGAAGGAAAGCAUUUUUUAUCUUUACUGAAAAAAAUUGAGAUUAUAUAUAGAUGUAUUCUUACAUUGGACAUUGUAAUAGAGUCCUCCUUAUGGGAAAUGGAAUAGUUUUAGCACUCUUAGCAUUAGAAUUCCUAGACUGGUGUCUAUAGCUACAGUUUUAAAAUGUAUAACCUGAAAAUGAAGUUAAUUUUGCAUUAUAAGAGCACACCAUGAUCUAUGUAAAAAGUGUUCAUUUGGUGUAUUUUUUUAAAAAAAAGAGAAAGCACUUUCAUAUUAACAAGUAGCAUGUGUAUGAAUUUUAGAUUUUCCUGUUGUGUCUAUUCAGUGAAGUAAGAUUGAGCAUUCAAAUGUUUGUUGAUGGCAACAUUAACUAUUAAAUGAAAGCACCUUAUACUCUGCUGCUUAAAUUUGCUUGUAAUUGCACCUUUGUUAAACCUGCACAUUUUCACAUAGAAUGUUGUUGUAACAUUGCUUCAUGUGGGUCUGGAUAGAAGAUAGUGGGCCUGCAGGAUCAUUUAUUUAUAUUGUUUAUAUUACAAUAAUAUAUUGUAGACCAUUGUAAGUUCAUUUCUUUACAAAUAAAAGCCUCUUCCAUUUG